AUGCCUCCCGCAUCAAGCAAACGCGCAAUAUGGCCACUAGUCCUACUUCUCGUGCUAGUCCAUCUAUCAGCAGUUUUGUACACACUGCCUCUCAACAGAGUCAUAGAGCUACGGCUGUGCCAGGAGCACUAUGAACGCAACGACCCGUCGCUCAUUCAGCCAGACGGGUCGAUACCAGAAAAGCUGUGCAAGAUUGAUGAUGUACAGCGACGUUUGGCUUGGUUACAGGGGAUUAUGGAAACAACACUUGUUGUUUGUGACUUUGUCGUGACAAUACCAUUUAGCUUCGUCGCUCAGCGUUGGGGGAUCCGAGUUGUACUCUGGUGUAAUCUCAUACCGAGGGUUUUCAUGAGUGCCUGGGCGGUUGUGGUUGCUAUUAUCGCGGGACCUUUCCUCAACGUACUGGGCGGCGAAUGUGUAUUCCAAUCCACAAUCUUUACCCUAACCUCCGCGCUGACAAGCGAAUAUGUGCAGCGUGCAUCCUACUUCUCCUACAUCAGCUCAACAUCCUACGUCGUCUCCUUCAUGGGCCCAACCCUAGCGUCCUUUACCAUGAGCACAAAUCUCUGGCUCCCCUUCUGGCUCAACAUGCUCCUUCUAACCUGCGCAAUUCCCACCAUCCUCCUCCUCCCCGUUACCAAAAGGACCCCAAAUAUUCUUUCAACUCCACACGGCAGCAUAUCCAAUGCCCACACAGAAGAGGAAUCCGGUCCUCUUCUCGAAACCACAAAUCCCAGUCCGGAUCGCUACACCACGGCAUUCGAAACGCACACCAGCAUCGUCCAGAGUAUAACGCAGUCUGUACGCAAACUAUGGCGAUUGGUGAUUGGGCGGCGGAAAUUUCAGGUUUUGCUUUGCUCGUUCUUUCUCACGGCGCUGGCGAGUUCGGAUACCAAACUUCUAGUGCAGUAUAUUUCGAAGCGGUAUGAGUGGACGUUUGCAGAGGCGGGCUACAUGCUCUCAGCCAAAGCACUGGUAAACUUCACGUUACUAGCAAUCAUAAUACCGCGUAUCAUCCACACGUCAAUGUCUACAAAAACCGUGCAUGGCUCCGAGGUUCGGCUUAACAUUCUCGGGGCGGAGUUUUGGAUGAUGCUUACUGCGCUCAUCAUCUAUGCCUUGGGGUCUGCACUACCGGUGUUUACCAUGUCGUUAGUCAAGUCGCCGCUUAUCGCGUUGGCGCACUCGGAUAUCCAGGACUUUAGCAUUGUCAUGUUGACUAAGACGCUUGGGUCUUUGGUUGGGGCUCCUUUGAUGGCUGUGUUGUGGGUUCAGGCGAUCAAGAUUGGGGGUUUGGGGUUGGGAUUGCCGUAUUUUGUGUCUGCUGUGAAUCAUUACCGAGCUGUAGUAGCGCGUUAUGGUCUUGAGUGGGCGAGCACGACUAAGCUGAGCCUGGUUCCUGACAAUCCCCUUCUCUUUGUUACGCGUACCAGCCACACGCCCAACGACCCCAAUUAUCUAGAGGAUCCUUGGCCUGAGCCGGUACCGUGUCCAACAGUCAGCUCAAAAUACGGUACCGAUGCUGGUACCAUGGUACAGUCGACCCGAGGCACUCCGCCCCCCUCCCAGAAAAAAAACUACCGCAUCCAAAAGUCUUCCAAUGACUACAUCGACGCAGCGAAUUUGCGAUCAAAGAGAACCCCUAGCCAACAAAGUCAAUGUGUGGUAGUGAACGCUUACCAGCAGCGACCAAAAGGUAAAGGCAACGGCGAGAUAACCGACUUAACGGGUAUAGAGAAGCGUACGCUUAACAAGAUAUACGCCCGAGCGAUUGAGCGUGGAUUUGACCUAGCGGAACGUCCACUCAACCUUCAGGACGAGCAUGUACAAGAUGCACCUCGAUCUGGCCGUCCGUCAAAGCAGACUGCGGAUACGUCUUCUGCUGUAGUGCUUACAGUUCAGAAAGACGAAACCGACAAGGAAGCCUAG